AUGGAAAACGUGACUGCCUCGACGAACCGCUUGUCGUCCGUCACCGGUGCGCACCUGUUCAAGAUCGCCGGGCACUCCCUGAUCAAAGGCACCGACCUGUACAUAAUGUCCAAGACCUUCCGCGUCGGCGGUCAGGACUGGGCUAUCCAAUAUUACCCCUACGGCCAGAAGGAGAAGGACGACGGCAAUAAGGAAGCUGGCAAUAAGACAGCCGGCAGCGGAGAGCAUACGUCGGUUUUUCUCUACCUGAAGAACGCCACCCAGGGCGAUGUCAGAGCCAACUUCUGGUUCUCCCUCCAAGACCCUGCGUCCCCGGAGAAGGGGGAGAAGAACAGAAGAGGCGGCGAGACACGCGACUUCAAGUCCGGAGCACAGUCAUGGGGUUACAUCAAGUACGUACGCAAGGCCGAUCUGGCUGCAUCGGGAUGCAUCAAAGAUGACUGCCUAGUGAUCAAGUGCACCGUCGAGGUCAUUACCUCCGAGCGCUUCGACGACCACGGAGAAGAUGAAGUCGUGGCCGUGCCGCCCUCCGAACUGAUCCAGAAUAUCGGCAGACUUCUUGACAACGGCCUCAAAGCGGACAUGACCGUCAAGAUAGGCUUGUUUAAAAGGUUCAAGGUGCACGGUUGCAUCCUCGCUGCGCAGUCGCCAGUCUUCCGUGCGCAGCUGUGCGGCUCCAUGCUGGAGAGCAGGAGAAGUAGCAUCCGCAUCAAGGACAUGGACGCUAGUGUUUUCGAGGUCCUGCUGCACUACAUGUACAAGGACUCCCUGCCUCCAUUCAUGGAGGAGACCACCGAAGAGGCUACAAACAUGGCACAACAUUUGCUUGUCACAGCCGAUCGGUAUGCCAUCGAAAGAUUGAAGCUGCUUUGCGCGAACAAGCUGAGCAAGACGCUUGAUGUCAACACCGUGGGUUUUACUCUGGAUUUUGCUGAGAGAAACAACUGCCAGCAACUCAAGGAUUGCUGCGUCAAGUACAUGGUACGGAACCGUGAUAGGUUUAGAGAAAUCAUGAAGACCAAAGGGUUCAUGCAGUUAACCCAGAAUUACGGAAGCCUUGGAUCUGAAAUUAUUGACAAAGCUUUUGCUAAUUAA